UUUCUGCAGCACGCAUUUUCCACUUAGCCAGAGGGUGUGUUUGGUGCUGAGACAGAUGAAAUGAAGACAGAAGAAGUGAAGACAGCGGUGGGACAGUCUGUAACCCUACACAGCGGUGUAGAAGAAUAUCAUCAGAUCAGCUGGAUGUUUGAGAACAGGAAUAUAGCUAAAUGUAGGGGAAACACAGAUGGCACUCCAUCAUGUGAGAUUACUGAUGAGAGACUCAGAGGCAGACUGAAGAUAGACAGUCAGAACGGAUCUCUCACCAUCAUCAACAUCAGCUCUGAACUCACUGGACUUUAUAAACUACAGAUCAUCGACAGCUCUUCUAAAAAGUCGUCACACAAGCAAUUCAAUGUUACUGUCUCUGAAGCAGAUCUGCACCAAGAUAAUGAAGCACUGAUAAAUGUGCUGGUCAUAGCAGCAGCAGUAGGAGCAGCAGCAUCAGGAGCAGCAGCAGCAGCAGGAGGAGCAGCAGGAGCAGCAGCAGCAGCAGUAGGAUCAGCAGCUUUGAUUUACUGUUGCUAUAAGAAAUUUAGACCGGCAAGACAAAAUGGCAAGGAACGUCUCAGGUUAUCCAUGUCACCAUGGUUCCCUGAGAAGGGGAACGAGACACUGCGUCCCCUUGCCAUGCUUCAGGCAUUCCUGUGCACAUCUCCUUCAGACAAGAAGCUGAUGACCCGUGCUACAGUGAAGUUUUAA